GGCAAGGUGAGGACGCGCGUCGUGUUGAGCCAUGUCACUCCGAGGCGACGCGAUACAUAUUAUCCUUGUGUUGUGUUUACCCAAAAUUGUCUUGGUCAAAACCAGUAAAUGAGUGGUUAACUAAAUUUCAAUCUAUGAUAAGUCAAUUUAUUCAAUGAGGAGUGAUUUUACUAGUAACGCGAACGAAAAUGGAUUUUAAAUGAAUUUUCUUAAUGUGCUGCUUGAACUCAACCUCCACCACUUGUUCUGUAUUCAACCGAUGAAACAUUAGGGAAUAUCGGAGUGCGAUGUGAGAGGAUGGGUGGGUGCCAGACACACGAUGGGUGAGGUGGACUUCGCCAAGCUCUACAACUGUACGGCUCUCCUGCUCGACAAGGAUCCCUUCGUGAACGUCAGCUCGGUGUGGGUGCUGAACCGCAGCCAGGUCCUGGGCGUACUCGGGCCGGUGUUUGACGACUACGACGAUUCUCUCAGCUCUGACCGCAGGGGUGUCCUCAAGGACUUCCUCACUGACUGCCUGUACCCGUUAUUGCAGCGACCCAACGACCUCGCCUGGUGGCAGAAGGCUGUCUGGUCUUCAGUGUUCGCCGUCAUGCUGCUAGUUGCCACCGGUGGGAACACGAUUGUCAUGUGGAUAGUUUUGGCACACAGACGCAUGCGGACAGUGACUAACUACUUCCUGGUGAACUUGAGUGUAUCAGACCUCAUGAUGUCACUGUUGAACUGUAUCUUCAACUUUAUCUUCAUGCUCAACUCACAUUGGCCCUUUGGUUCAUUUUACUGCACCGUCAAUAACUUCGUAGCCAAUGUGACAGUCGCCGCUUCCGUCUUCACCUUGGUAGCAAUCUCCAUAGACAGGUACAUGGCUAUUGUAAGACCACUACAGCAUCGUAUGUCGCGAUGUACAGCUCGUGCCGCUGUAGCUGUAAUUUGGACCGCCAGUGCGCUACUGGCUGUUCCUUGUCUUCUCUACUCCAGGAUAAUGGUGAAGAGGUACAGGAAUGGUCAAACUCGGACCGUAUGCUAUAUGUUGUGGCCUGACGGAAGAUACCCCUUCUCAAUGGCUGAAUAUGUAUAUAACCUAGUGUUCCUAAGCCUGACGUACCUGGUGCCAGUGGUAGCGAUGGCGGUGUGCUAUACGUUGAUGGGUCGCGAGCUUUGGGGCAGCCGUUCCAUCGGGGAGCAGACCCAACGUCAACUGGACGCCAUCAAGUCCAAGAGAAAAGUGGUGCGAAUGUUCAUAAUAGUGGUGGCAAUAUUCGCACUAUGCUGGCUUCCAUACCACGGCUACUUCAUUUACGCAUACCACAACAAUUCCGUAGCCGCAAGCAAAUAUGUGCAGCACAUGUACCUGUCCUUCUACUGGCUGGCGAUGAGCAACGCCAUGGUUAACCCCAUCAUAUACUACUGGAUGAACAAUAGGUUCCGCGUGUACUUCAGGCAGAUCAUCUGCCAGUGCUGCUGCCUGCGCCCAAACUUCAAACAAGACCUGGAGCUGCCAACGGUCAAACACGGCAGUCAGAGUGAAGUCAUUGGUCGGUCAAGAUCCGGUAAGCGUCGCCGGUCGCCUCCAGAGGUCAGUGUCUACACAAUGGCGACGGAGUACACAAGAGAUGCGUCUGAGACACCUGGGAGCGAAGUCUCAUCUGAUACUGCACACGACCGUGUUCAAGGAGCCCAUCUGCCCCGAUCCCCGUGUCAAUGGCAACUCAGUAUGCAGCUAGCAAGAAACUCGCCUGCCGCCCCUCCUCGAGCGACCAGUUUCAAGUACUAGCUUGUAGGCGGCAGGUCACGCCCUCCCUAGUUUUGAGGUUACCUUCAGUACAUAUGGUGCAGCGUUUUGUGAAGUCUUUUAUAGGUAUCCAUUUCUCUUUUUACAGAACUCAGUCAACGUAGAAAGAGUCGCAUCAUUAUCUUUUGUUUCUCUCUGUAAUUAUUAAAACUCCUAAGAUGCUUUUAAGGAUUCCUCUGAGAGGGACCCUGCUUAAGCGGAAUGUUCAUGUGAUAGCCGUUUUAUUUUUUAACCCUUCAGUACAAGUUCAUGUGAUCAUGCCUGUUUUGUAAAGAACGGCAUUCAAUUUACUGUAAAUGCACUCUAAAUUCAUUGACAGGUUUGUUUGAACAAUUUAAUUAAUUAUUUUGGUAAACAAUGUGCAAUGUAACAUAAUCAUAUGGAUUAAAUUGAUACUUUUAUCACGAAAUUAUUUUAGAACAUUUAUUUAAUUAUUUCCUAGAUUAAUAGUUAUUAAAAACAAGGGACGAUAUUAUUUAUUGUGUUUUUAAAUUUUUAAUAUUUACGUACUUAUUAUUAAUCGUAGCAAACCCUGCCUACGUUUUUCUAAGUUCGUGUGAUCAAUUGUUCUGCAAUAUUUUUCAUCAAAUGUUACAUUGCACUAUACAAUAAUGA